AGAACGGGAAAACGCUUGCCGCUAGCUUCCUUUGCCAAGCCGAUAGAGCCUGAUUUUUUUGUUAACCUUCCACGCUUGACAUCUUUCAUCAUGAUUAUUAUUAUUAUUUUCUGCUCCCUGUUUCUUGAAUGUGGUUGUUUGGGUGUUAAGUUGUUAUUAUUCAACUUCACUGCCUUCUGCGUGAGGAGUGGUGUAUGUGAAUUCAGAACACCCAGUGAUAAAGCAAUUGAAAAAGAAAUGGCAAGUAGGUGGAUGCGAAUAACAAUAAUAAAACAACAAUAAAUAAUGAUAAUAGGGGGUUUCAGAGGGGGAAGAAUAGCUACAGUUAAUAAUAAUAAUAACUCCCUUCCACCCGGGCUCGCCCCAACAACGCCCGCAACGCCCACAACGCCCACAACGCCCACAACGCCCACAACGCCCACAACCCCCGCCAGCCCGAACCCUGGAACCCCACUCCGGGCCCCUUUUGCAGGCUUGAAGCUCGCCCUAGCCCCGACCAGCAGGACCAGCAGGCCCAAGCAGCAGGCAAGCCCUCGUUCCCCUUGCCCUGCCCUGCCCGCCCGCUUCCCCCUCAAACCCUCCCCCCCCCCCCUGGCGGCACCCAGUGCCCCUGCGCCAACCAACGCUGCUUGUUGCUUGUGGCGGGUUCCUUUCCUCGCCUCUUCUCCACUCUCUCUCUUUCUUCUCUCUGCUGGCCCCUGACUCUCUCUCUCUCUCUCUCUCUCUCUCUCUCUCUCUCUCUCUCUAUCCCUCUCUAUCCCUCUCUAUCUCCCUCAAUUAUCUUUCCUUUCGCCACCACUCCUUUUCACUCUGUUCUAUCAAACUUCUCUCUGCGUUGGAUGCACCCUCUUGGUGCGUCGUGUCGCAGCCUGGAGCUCUUCUUCUUCGCCCGCCAGACCUGACUGCGUACCAGUGGCCCCCCGUGUCACUCCUUUUUAUCAGCGUGGAACCCUCCUGUUUCGCCAAUUGAUCGAUUGAAUGACCCAUUGAUCUCUCCUGCGGUUCAUCAGGGCAACGGGCACAAUAGCUUUUCUCCUGCUCAAUUCCCCCUCUGACGGUCCCCCCCAAGCAACUUCGAUCAUAUUAUUUCGAUUGGGUCUUAUUUGAUCUAUCUGUUCUGUGUCACGGACCGAUAUUUGUUAUUUUUGUUAUUUUUGAUUUUUAUUUUAUUUAUUUCUUCUCGUAGAUCGAUAGAAGAGGCUUUGGAUUCUGUCUAACUAUACCCGUUGUGUGUUUGUUUGCAGCAAGUGGUUUUCUUUGUUUUUUGACUUUUUAUUUUAUUUUUUUCCCCUUAAACAACUGCUGGCAAACCAUUGCUCCUCGCUGUAGCAGAGGGCAACCCAUCCAUCCGCCAACCCUCUCCAAUAAAACCGGAAACGAGUAAUAUCAAACAAACCCCCUCCAAUCGAUCGAUCGAUCGAUCGAUUGAUCCUCUAGAAGGACAUCGAAAUCAGCAAGCAACAUUCUUUUACCAUGGCUCCGUCAUUGAGAGACCAUGCGUCCUUCGUUCGCCCUGCCACCAGGGACCGCCCAAUAACCCGAGAUCAGGGAGACAACUCCCUUGUUAUCCCAAGUCGGACUUCCUCACUUCAUUCCCGGAUCACCCAACCCAUCCCUUCGACGCUGAAUAUGAAACCAGCUCAACAAACUCCUAAAACUCUCACUCAUGCCUACAUGGUCUGUGGCGUUGGCCGUGAGCCGUCACAGUGGGUGAAGGCUCCACCUCCCGCUCAGGGAAAGAUCGGUCAUAUGAAGGGAGCUGUUGGUCAAUUCUGGUUACCUGAGAUCUUGGGCAGCAGUCCCAGACUAGAACAGGAUAACGAGAUUGCGAGGGCACUACAUUCCGCAAUGAGAGCUUGUUUCCCUCAUGACGUUGAAAUCUGCACGGGCAAGAACCAACCUCAUUGUGUACACCAUUCAUUCGUUCUCCAACAGGAUUCCUCUCACACUCUCUAUGGCAUUGCGCUGCGUGUAUGGUCUCGAGCAGAUGAGAAACGUGCGGAGACCAUUCGCGAGCUGCGCAGGAAAACAGAGCCGGAUUUCUAUGAUACCCCAGACGAAACUUAUUGGAUUCCAUACUGCCUCAGUUUCUUAUCCAGAUACCCCCUCUACGAUCUUCUUGGUGACUACCUCCGUGGCAUGUGGAUCCACUGGAACAAAGCUACCAAUCUUUUCCACGCUGAAGAAGUAUCCCGCAUUCUCAGCUUCCCAGCGCCACGACUCAAUGAUUUGGUUCGGAUUGACAUGAAGGACUAUGCACUAUGCUACCAAUUUCCCUCCUCCCAAACCGGAUACCAAAACUUCGCUAUGUGGCCCCUGUUCAACUGUUUGUCUAUUCCGAAUAUUGUGGGUGUUAUUGAAGCCGCUGUCUCGCCCACCCGCCGUAUAAUCUUCGUCAGUCAUUACCCAGCCAUGCUAACAGUGGCCGCCGAAACAAUUCGAUUCUGUGUGCGAGUCUACGAAUGGAGUGGUCUCUACUGCCCAGUUGUCCAUGCGCGCCACGCAAAGGAGCUCGUCCAGGAGCCCGGUCCAUACAUUCUUGGUGUUACUGCGGAAUGCAAGACUCUGUUCACCGCUCCAUCUGAUGCCUUGGUAGUUGAUUUGGACCGCAAUUUUGUAUUGACUUCCAGCCCUCCAAACAUUUUGACUCCAGGCCAGAGGACCAAAAUGAUCAACAGAUUGACCCAGGCUCUCAAUGGGGAUGUUACCCAAUCUGGCGUUCCUCAGCACCUCCGAUCAGCCUACGGUGGAGGUAAAUUGAUCCCAGCCGGCCAGAUCAUUGUUAUGCGAGGUGAAGUUGAGAGUGUCCAAGAUCCAGCUUGGUGGAAUCAGGAUGGCGUCAUGGCCGUAAUGGACCAUGUCUGCGAAAAAUUAGGCCGAAACACUGGAGUUAAAGCUCUCUUUGGUGGAUCUGUCAAGAAACCAUUGAUGACCAAGGUUUCCAUGAGACACUUGAACGAAAUCGUUCGUGAGCGUAACCAGUACUCCAGAGAUGCCAUGGAAGCAUGGCAAGACUUCAUCAACCUCAAAGGUAGAAUGGAUACGGAGCUUUCCAAAGUUACCAAGCGCAACAACUUUUUGGUCGAAGAGCUGGAGACAUGGAAACAGCAGUUCCUCAAGUUCCAAGCCUUUGCUGAACAACUUACCAAGGAGACUUCUGAGCUGAAAGUCAAAAUUGAAUCUCACAAACGUGAGAACCGCCGUCUUACUGGUCUUAUUGACCAACAGAAAGACGAUGCUGCUCGCCUUACCCUCCGACUUUCUGGAACUGAAAAACAGCGCGACGAUGCUCUCGAAGCCUUGGUCCUCCAGCAAGAGAUUGCUGAGGAACUCGAGCGUGAGAGGAAACGGAACGCUAAAGAGAUCGGUGCCUUGCAACAUACUAGCGAUACUUUGUUGCGUCAACGUGAUGAAGCCCAACGUGUGGUACUCCAUCUUCGAAGCCUCAUCAAUGGCCAGGCGCAUCACAUGGAACAUAUUGUUCGCUCUCUGGGAACCACUCCAGAACUCUCUGGAUAUAUUCAGGAAGGCUAUGACGAUAUCCGUGAAGAUGCUACUGAGACCGAAUCAAUCAGCGGCCGCGAUACCAAUGAAACGAGUUCCGUUAAGGGUGUUCAUCACAUGAAAUCUAGCUCUAGACUCGGAACCCGCUCCAGUGCAGGUAAUGGGGAAGAUGUUACCCCUGAAAUGGAACAACACUUGCUGAACCCCAGUAAACGAGCCAAACGCUACUCCGCACUGAGCAUGUCUGAUGUUGCUGAUCGUCACCUGCGCGAUAAGACAGAUGCAAUUGCCAACAUAAUCCGCAACAUUAGCGACCAGUGUGCCGCUGCUGUCGAGGGUCUCCAUCUUGCCCAAGAUGCAGAAUUCGAAGAAUCGCUCCAGGCCAGCAAGGAGAGCCGGGAAGGCAGCAGCCUUGGCCCCACUGACGAUGGGAACGAACAUUCUAUCCGCACAGAUGGAAGUGAAGUCGGCGACAAUGACAGCAGUUACUUGAGCCCAGAUGGACGCGCCUCCAGUAUUCCACCAACUCCAGAUCUUAUUCAUCAUCGAUCCAGCACAUCGAUGUCCAUGGUCAGCAGCUCCACAAUCCCCGAGCGGUCAAGCCAGCAAUAUGGACCCGGUGAUCUUCCGACUAAAAUCGUGGAAGACGAGGAUGAACACGCGUACGGCAUGGAGUGUGCAGAUGGACACAUCGACAGCGGCACCGUGUCAAAACAACCUAGUCAACACAUUAUGAGACCUGACACUGCCCGUGUUAUCGCAUAAGAGUAGGAACGAAAACCAUCUUGAUAGAGCGUCGUCCUUUCGCCAGUCAACAACCCACACCACACACAUUGAUUCAAUGAGGAAUCUAUAUCUACGAAUACUCUUUCCACGCUCAAUGACGGCAGCAUCGACAAGUAAUGGCGCCCUUUGGGAGUUGCAUCCAUGAUUUUGACUUUUGUUUCGAGCUCUCUUGCUAUUAUAACUUUAUUAUUUAUCUGUUGGGGGUGGAUUAUUUUCUUUGUUUUCUUUCCUCUUUUCUCCUCUUUGUUUUAUUUUCAAGCUAGAUGUUUUAUUUAUUUUUCAAACUAACUUAUUCCCCCUUUCAGCCUAUUAACAGUAUUACCUUUCUGCCACUGUAAAACAGACGCAGAGCUCGCCUAUUUCCGCCCAUCCACUCAGCCUAUACUAACUAGGCUAGCGUUUCAAAAGUGUCUUUUUCUAUCUGUCUGUCUAUCAAAACAAAUAUAUUUGGUAUAUAUGUGAUGCGAAACCAUGUGUACAGCUUAUUUUGUUUCUAUUUUCCAAUUCCCUUGCCCGGUCUGAUUUAAACCCAAACUAUCUUCUCGACAUGUUUUUUGAUCCUCUCGCCCGUCAUAUCCCGCCAAACAAAGAGUGAGACAAAAGAAAGAUAGUGCUAGGCACCUAUAUGUAUCAUCCCGCAGUUCACACGAGCAGCGGAUGGGAUUCUACUGAAGAGGAAAAUAUGCAUACGCCGCACCAGACCUUUUUUAUCUAUGAAACGCUCCUUUUCCCUUGUUUUGAAUUUUCUUUCCGUUUUCAUAUUUUCAUAUUUUCUGUUCUUUCCCAAAUUCUUUGUAUUUCUCAUCUCUUAUAUGUGUAUAUGUAUUGUGUUCUCUUUUUCGUGCGCGAUCCCUUCCCCUUUUGUUUUUUUUUUUUCCUCUUUUCCUGGCGGUCCCUUCGUGGCACAGGACGUACACCCACACCCUCCUUUAGUUAACUAGUAUUAUUUAUUUUAUUUUCGUUUUAUUUUUAUUUUUAUUUUUUGAAUCUCCAAUCGAUUUUUCUUCCUUUUUUUGUUCUUCCCCCUUUUGCUUACUUUCGUAGCUUCCUCAUUUCUCAUUUCCUUCUUCCUCCCCUAUAUAUAUAUAUAUAGCCUUUCGUUGUUUCUUUAUUUAAUCGCCAUUUGUUAUAUUUACUCUACUAUGUUCGCUGAUCGUUAUAUACCCUGAGUUCGUUUUCUCGACCUCUUUUGAGUUCAGUAGUAACAUCUUUGGUCAUUUUUAUCCACGAGGCUUCCUACGAGUGUGCUACAUACCUAUGUGAGAUAAAGCAUUUCAGCAAACAUGAUAAUGCCAGAAAACCACACAUUGCGCGAAGAGCAAGCAGUGAAGACGACCAAGCAAACAAGGCUAGUGGUCACCACUAUACGCCUGUCUGCCUGCCUGCUACGCGGGGAAUGUAGCCAACCAACCCAACCGGUGCGAAAGGAGUGAACGCUCGUACUGUGCUGUGUUAGCCGGAUAGUAAGUCUUUUUUGCUAGGUAGGGUAACUAGAGGAGAGGAGGAUAAUAUAAUCAUACCUUACGAACCCUAGUGAGAUUUGUUGGAGGAGAUUUAUAUACGGACGUUUGGUUAGUUAACUGUAUUUUAUUAUUGGUCUCGUCUGUCGGGUUUGUAACUUUGUAUGGCGACCACGGUGUGGUGUUGCGACACACGCCAUUACAUGCCAUGGUUAAACAAACAAAUAGACGGGAGAUUUGAAUGUAGGAAGGGAUGGGACGAGAGAAGGCUGAGUUUUGAUCUUAUCUUUCUUUCUCUUGUGGUCGAUAAAAAAUAUAACUUCACGGCAG